AUGCAGUCUCAGAGGAUCCCGGGGAGAAAGCGAGGCCGACCCCCGCUUCACUCAACACCCAUGAAGAUGGCGGUUCAUACCCUUUAUUCCGCUUCAGCUGGCUCUUUGCCAGCAGUGAAGAUCCCAAAGAAAAGAGGGCGGAAGCCUGGGUACAAGCUCAAGUCUCGGGUUCUUAUGACUCCUUUAGCCCUCUCACCUCCGCGAAGCACACCGGAGCCCGACCUCAGCUCCAUCCCUCAGGAUGCAGCCACCAUACCCAGCUUGGCGGUCCCACAGGCUCUGACAGUCUGCCUGUACAUCAACAAGCAAGCCAACACAGGGCCGUACCUGGAGAGGAGGAAGCUGCAGCAGCUCCCCGAGCGCUUUGGGCCUGAGAGGCCAUCGGCGGUCUUGCAGCAAGCCGUACAAGCGUGCAUCGACUGUGCCCACCAGCAGAAGCUGGUCUUCUCCCUGGUCAAACAGGGCUAUGGUGGCGAGAUGGUGUCAGUCUCGGCGUCCUUUGAUGGGAAACAGCACCUGCGGAGCCUGCCUGUGGUGAACAGCGUCGGCUACGUCCUCCGCUUCCUCGCCAAGCUGUGCCGAAGCCUCCUGUGUGAUGACCUCUUCAGCCACCAGCCCUUCCCUGGGGGCUCCGGUGGCUCUGAGGAAGCCCAGGACAAGAAGGAAGGCAGGAUGGAGUCAGCAAAAACAGCCACCACUGAGGAGUGCCUGGUGAACCCUGUAGGCAUGAACCGCUACAGCGUGGACCCCUCCGCCUCUGCCUUUAGCCACAGGGGCUCCUUGCCCACCUCCUCCUCGCUGUACUGCAACAGGCAGAACUCUGGAGAUGGCCAUCUUGGGGGAGGCCUGGCCACCACUGCCAGUGGUCCCCGCUCCAGCCCCAUGUCCUCUGGAGGCCCCUUGGCACCUGGGCUGAGGCCCCCAGGCUCCAGCCCCAAGAGAAACGGGACCUCUCUUGAAGGAAACCGACGUGCCUCGAGCCCUUCCCCCGACGGGCAGGACACCAGGCGGCCGAGGAGCAGGAACCCGUGCACCUGGACUGUGGAGGAUGUGGUCUGGUUCGUGAAAGACGCUGACCCGCAGGCUCUGGGUCCGCACGUGGAGCUCUUCAGAAAGCACGAGAUUGAUGGCAAUGCACUCUUGUUGCUGAAGAGCGAUAUGAUCAUGAAGUACUUGGGUCUGAAACUGGGACCCGCGCUGAAACUCUGCUACCAUAUUGAUAAACUGAAGCAAGCCAAAUUCUGAAGGUUUUUACAAAGAUAGAAGCGAAGUCCAGACAACAGGUCUCAAGAUCAUCUUCUGCCUUACCAACAUCCAGCACCAUCACAAAAUGGAUUCUCUCCUGAAAAAUAACAGCCACAAAGAAUGCGUCUUUUUAUAAAACUUGUGCAUCUCUGCCUUUUAAAAAAAUUCAACAUGGCCCUUUUGAAAGGCUCCUCUGUGUUAAUGAUUUGCCAAAAAAAUA